AUGGCGGAGAAGAAGAUGAAGGCAAAGGAGCUGAAGCGGAAAAACAUCCUGGAUUCCAUGCAGCGCAUCCAAGACUUCCUGACGAAUUACGAUGACGAGCGAGACGUGAACGAGGUAGCGAUACGUCUGGCCCGACUUGAUAACCUGAUGGAAACUUUCGAAGCGAUCCAAGGAGAAUACGAAACGUACGACGAUGAACCAGAAUUUGCUGCGGCUAAUGCGAAGGUAAGGGCAAGGGUGGAAGAGCAGUACUUUAGGGUAAAAGGUGGUCUCGUAUGCAAGGUUCCUCCCCUUCCUUCCAUCUCAACCAAUCCAUUAAACCAGCAAGGUGCCCCGGCAAUCGCCCAUGUAACCGGUGUGAAACUCCCCACUAUCGAAUUGCCUAAAUUUGACGGUGAUCUGAAUGAAUGGUUAACGUUUCGCGAUUCCUUUUCAUCACUGAUUCACUCGUCGCCAGAGAUCCCAUGCAUCCAAAAGUUUCAGUACCUCCGAUCUGCCUUGCGAGGUGACGCUUUAAAACUGAUUGAAUCCUUAACCAUCACAGCAAACAACUACGCGGUAGCUUGGGAAGCACUCCUCAACCGCUACUCCAACACAUACUUACUAAAAAAGAAACACUUGCAAGCUUUAAUUGUCCACUCGAAGGUCUCGGGAAAAUCCGCUGCUGUUUUACGUGCUGUUGUAGAGGAUUUCCAACGGCAUGUCAAAAUACUCAACCAACUAAAUGAACCAACCGCGCAUUGGGGCAGUCUCUUGGUUCAACUACUGUGCUCUCGAAUCGACGAUUACACCCUGAAGGAAUGGGAAGAAUUUGUCUCUGCUAAUCACGAACCAACUUAUGAAAACCUCGUCGAAGUAUUAACCCGUAAAAUCCGGACUCUAGAAUCCCUUCACAUUUCGGCUGAGCAGUCCACUUCUUCUUCCCAAGCAAAGCACAAUCUCCCUGUCAGGCAACUAAAACCCCAAAAUUCUACAUCGUCGAAAAUCAACUCCUAUACUGCAGUGGAACGGUACCAAUCUGAAUGCCUAGCUUGCCGCGAUUAUCAUCCUUUGGUGAGAUGUCCGGUGUUUGAAAAGAUGCAGCUUAAAGAUCGAUUGAACCUAGUCAACACGAAGCGGUUUGUAGCAACUGCUUCAGGGGCAACCACUUCGCCCGGAAUUGCCAAUCCAACUUCUCCUGUAAGCAUUGUCAAAAACGCCACCACUCUUUAUUGCAUCCCGGCCCAGAAUCCUCCUAAAGUCAACGAAUCCUCAACAGUGGCAAAAAAUCCUGAAGUGAUCUCGUCCAACUCCGCUGUAGAAUCCCGUGGAAUCAACGUCUUCCUAUCGACCGUUGUCGUCAAGGUGCUAGAUGGCUAUGGAAAUGAGCAUUUGGCCCGAGCACUGUUAGACAGUGGAUCACAAAUCAGUCUCAUGAGUGACCGCCUUUGUCAGAAACUAAGAUUGCUUCGUCAUCGUAUUGACCAACCCAUCCUCGGUAUUGGUGAAUCUCCCAUUCGAGCAGUUUGCUCCGUGACCACCGAAGUGAGAUCGAGAGUUGAUGACUUCUCUAUUCCCCUGAAUUGUUUGGUGCUCAAAAAGCUGACUGCUGAUCUACCUGCUGUAACCAUUACCACUGCAAACUGGCAGAUACCGAACGACAUCACACUUGCUGAUCCCGAGUACAACGUCUCACGAAAGGUAGACCUCAUAAUAGGUGCCGAACACUUUUAUGCAAUCCUCCAGGGUGGCCGGUUGCAAAUUGACCCACACGCCCUGGCCUUAGUGGAAAACGAAUUUGAAAAUUCCAAACCCACCCUUUCACCCAACGAUCAAUAUUGUGAAGACUUCUUCAAGGAAACGGUAAGCCGUGAUUCCACUGGUCGAUAUUCUGUAAAAUAUCCCAAAAAAGAUGAUUUUGCAUCAAUGAUAGGCGAGUCUUUUUCCAACGCUAAAGCCCGUCUCGUCAGCUUGGAAAGAAAAUUGGACAAAAACCCCAUCCUUAAAGAAAGGUACCAUGCAUUUAUGGCCGAAUUCAUCCAACUGGGACACAUGCGAGAGGUACCUGUUGACGACCCAGAACCUACUGUCGUAUGCUAUCUUCCUCACCAUGCUGUGUUGAAAGAAUCCAGCACCACUACGAAGGUACGCAGUGUUUACAACGCUUCGGCAAAAACAAGUACUGGAUUCUCUCUCAACGAUUCGCUCCGAGUAGGCCCUGUCAUCCAAGAUGAGCUCUUCGACAUCUUACUCCGCUUUCGCAAAAAUUUGGUGGUAUUGUUGGCUGACAUAGAGAAGAUGUAUAGGCAAAUCGUUCUUCACCCCGAUGACCGACCCCUUCUGCGUUUGUUGUGGAGAUUCAGCCCGAACGACCCGAUUACGAAAUAUGAGAUGACAACAGUGACAUACGGUUUGGGCCCAUCCUCGUUCUUGGCUACCCGCACACUUCAUCAACUUGCGGAUGAUGAAGGUGCUUCUUUUCCUCUCGCCGCAGCCUCUGUGAAGCGAGAUUUUUACAUGGAUGAUUUUGUACGGAGUGAAGAAACCAUAUCUACAGCAAUCCAACUGCGUAAGGAGAUGGACGAACUGAUGAGCCGUGGAGGAUUUUCCUUAAGGAAAUGGUGCUCGAAUUUUCCUGAAGUUUUGGAAGGAGUGCCACCAGAAAACCUAGUCCAUCCUAGCACUGAAAACCCCGAACCUGGAGAGGUGGUAAAAGUCUUGGGAAUUUCCUGGGAGCCCGAGCAUGACUUAUUUUGUUUCAAAUUUGCCCCAUUCUCAACCGACGGAAAAAUUACCAAGAAUCGAAUUCUUUCCGUUAUUGCCCAACUUUAUGACCCCUUGGGAUUAAUUGCCCCCGUCGUUGUACGUGCGAAAAUAUUUAUCCAACAACUUUGGUUGAUGUCCAUCGAAUGGAAUGAGGAAGUCCCAAAUCAAAUCCGAACUAAGUGGGAAGAUUUUGUAAAGGACUUGUCAUCACUAGCUGAGUUUCGGAUCCCACGGUUUGCCUUUGACAGAGGGGAGGUGCAGCUACAUUGUUUCACGGACGCCUCCGAAUCAGCCUAUGGAGCCUGCAUCUACGCUCGGACGGAGAAGGCCAACGGGGAGGUGAAGGUGGUACUACUAGCGGCGAAAUCCCGAGUAGCACCGCUUCAGAGACGCAGCAUCCCGAGACUAGAAUUAUGCGCUGCUCAGCUAGGCGCUCGCUUAUCGACGAGAGUUGUUGACACACUGGACCUGAAAUCUACACCCAUCUACUACUGGACCGAUUCAAUAGUGGUUAUUUAUUGGCUACGAGCACCAUCACAAACCUGGAAAACCUUUGUGGCUAACCGAGUGGCAGACAUUCACAUCCUAACGAAGAACGCAUCAUGGCAGCAUGUAACCGGAGUAAACAACCCAGCCGACGUCGUCUCCAGAGGCUUAACUGUGCACCAGCUUCUGAACUGCAAACUAUGGACCGAUGGACCCGAUUGGUUGGGAAGGGGAGACGAAAAUUGGCCGAAGUUGGAGAUCCCGAGAACCACUAAUAUUGAUGGAGACACUGAGCGCAAAACCACCACCUUGCUAAUCCAAAAUCCACCACCACUUAACCCUUUGUUUACUCGAUCAUUCUCGUACAAUCGUUUGCUCCGUACGACUGCUUAUUGUUUGCGAGUUUCUCGGAAGGCGAGAAAAGAACUCAAAGAAUCCACUUUAAUCCUCACUCCCACUGAACUCGAAUCUGCCAGAGACUGCCUGGUAAAAUUAGUUCAAGCAGAAUGUUACCACACCGAAUUGAGCUUUCUACGAAAAGGGAAACCGGUACCCAAAAAAUCCGCACUGCGUUUGUUAAAUCCUUUUGUUGAUGCUUCGGGAAUAAUCCGAGUCGGUGGCCGGCUCAAAUUGUCCUUGGAAACCUUUAGCACCAAACACCAAAUCCUGCUCCCCGGAUUUCACCGUUUCACCCGAAUGCUUUUGUUGUCAUUUCACAACAAAUUGGUUCACGGGGGAAUAGCGCUUACGCUGGGUGUAGUGCGCAAUGAAUAUUGGCCUACAAAUGGGAGAAGAGCUGUGCGCAGCGUAAUUCGAACCUGUUUUCGUUGUACUCGAGCAAACCCUAAGCCUCUCAAGCAACCAAUUGGCCAAAUACCCCUUGCCCGAGUAACCCCAAGUCGUCCCUUCGCAUCAACUGGCAUUGACUAUUGUGGCCCGGUGUUUGUUAAGUCCCCGAACCGUAAAUCUGCUCCCACCAAAGCCUAUAUUGCCCUAUUUGUCUGCUUUAGCACAAAAGCAGUUCACAUUGAGCUUGUGGGGGACCUAUCCACAGCCUCAUUUCUCUCUGCUCUACAACGUUUCGUGGCCAGACGUGGCAAACCUCAAUACAUCUACUCCGACAAUGCCACAAAUUUUGUUGGAGCUCGAAACGAGCUACACGCUCUCUACGAAAUGUUCUCAAGCCCCAAGGAAACCGAUCGUAUCGCUACCGCUCUCGCAACCGAGGGCAUACAAUGGAAGAUGAUCCCCCCGCGUGCACCCAACUUUGGCGGCCUGUGGGAAGCAGCCGUGAAGGUUGCGAAAAAACAUUUGGUUCGUCAGUUAGGCAGCACCUCUCUACUGUACGAGGACCUAGUGACGAUUUUGUCCCAGAUCGAGGGAGCAAUGAACUCGAGACCGUUGGCCCCUUUGUCUGAAGACCCCAACGAUUUCGAAGCCAUCACUCCAAGCCAUUUUUUGAUUGGCUCUCAACUGCAAGCCCUUCCACAUCCCGACCUAAAGGACGUUCCUGAGAACCGGCUGAAGAAUCGCUAUCAGGUUAUCCAACAAAAGCAGCAGCUAUUUUGGUACCACUGGCAGACAGAGUACCUCAAAGAGCUGCAACGGCAAUCUAUUACCAACCCGCAGCAAGUGAAUCUCAAAAUCGGCCAGGUGAUGAUUCUUCAAGAUGACCUGUUACCCCCGGUGCGCUGGCCUCUCGUGCGCAUCAUGGAACUACAUCCUGGAACUGACGGUGUGACACGGGUGGUGACCAUCCGCACACCCACUGGUGCUAUCUUCAAGCGUGCUGUGGUCAAGCUGUGUCCGUUGCCUACGAUGGACGAAGAGGAGUCAUCGACAGCCGCCCCCGCACUAGGUGACAUCAAUGUUGAUUGA